AUGCCAUCAGAUUAUUAUACAUCUGAUGAAUUUGAAUAUAGAAGUAAUAAAAAUGGUAUUAUUACAAAUAAAACAAGAAAAGGAAGUUAUAAUAUUGUCGAAAAAGAUUAUGGUGAUCAUAAAAUUAUUUAUCAUAUUCCAGUUGAAUAUGGUGAUGAUUAUGAUAUAUCAGAACUUGAAGAUAUGCCAACUGCUGAAGAAGAACAACCACAACAACAACAACAACAACGUAAUUCACCAAAACUAGUUCGACGUCGAACUAUUCAUCAAUAUGCUGAUGUUGGUUAUGACAAUGAUUAUGAAUAUGUUGAAGAAAUACCAAGUGUAGCACCUCGUCAACGUAUGUAUAUUUCACCAAGAAGACAAAGAGAUCCACAAUUUGUCGAUCGAAUUUAUGAAACACAACCAGCAUCAGAAACAGUUGAAUAUGUUUAUGAAGAUGAUUAUCCAGAUGAUUAUGAUUAUAGACCAGAAAAUGAAGAACAAGUUGAAUAUGUUGUAAGAGAACGUGUACCAAAACAAACAUAUAUGGAAGAACCCCGACCUAUUCGACGUAUAAUCCAUACCCCGGAUCCUUCGGUACCUUUUUCAUCCUCAAGACCUACUCCACCAGUUCUUUCUCCUCCUUCACCUGUUCGUUCUCCCUAUCAACCAUCUCCUCGUCAAGUUGUCACUCAAAAAUCACCAACAUUAGCUGCGGCUAAACCAAUUCGUCGCAAUGAAAUAUCUCCACCACCAUCGACUAGAAAACAACAAACUGCUCGAUCACUACCAAUUCCUGAAUCACCAAUCAGACAGAAUAUUUCAAAAUCUAAUGAACCGCCUUUACGCUUAAUGGAUAUUGUUGCACAAAAUCGAGCAAGACGAGGUUCACAUAUACCUAAACCAAGACGUGAAGUCGAUGAAGAACCAGUUUAUGAUCCACCAACAUAUAGUAGAAACCUUAUUAAAAACGGUUUUAUCGUUCAUAAAUAA